AUGCCGGCAUGCAGAACUCGCAACUCACUCGAUUACUUCUGGCCAACUCUGCACAUGAAGUUCGGACCCCCUCUGAAUGCCAUCGUGGACUAUUUGGAGAUUGCACUUGAGAGCCAGGACCUCAUCAAAGACGAAAGUUUCGACCUUGAAGCCACCUUUAAAGAAGCGUCUGAUGUGUUGUCUGGCGACCCCAAGCGGAAGAACAUCUCAUACACUCUUUCUAUACACACAGGUAUUCCUGAGUCAGUUCUCGCAGUUCUCGGCGACCAGCGUCGUGUGCGGCAAGUUAUUUCGAACCUCAUCUCAAAUGCAAUUCAGCACACCACAUGCGGUGCUGCCAUGGCAGAAAUGUGGCGCUCUGGCACUCAAACCAUUCCAGGCCAUGUGGGGUGA